UAGUAUUAGUAGAUAUAUAAACACAUGUAGUUUCGCCUAAGUGAUACCACUCUUGCACUAAUUGUUGAGAGAAAGAAAAGGGUAGUAAAUAAAAAAGGUUGAAUAAUAGCAGAGAAUCGCGGGUAGAUGUUACUUACCACACUAUUUUAUCGACUGUUUCUCGUCAUUCGCAAUUUAGUGCUCAACCGCUCUAGACACUUAAUACUAGCUCAUUUAAAUUCGCUAAAAAGUUCGUUUUUACGUUAAAAAUGCCUAAAAGAAAGCGUUCUAAAGAAGUUGACGACGAUUUAGAGACUUUACUACGGAAAGUUAAAAAAUUAGAACGAAAAAUACGUCAUCGAAAAACCAGUGUUUCGGAUAGUGAUUCGGAAAUUUCUCCAGCUUGUGAAACAACGGUACGCAGUACCAUACAUCGACCAGCUCUCGGAUACUGCCGUCCCUUACCCUGGCUGCAGGAGUGUUAUCAGGGCGGCAUUAUCAAGACGAAGCCUCCCUGCAGCAUCACUAGACAUCAUGAUGGCCUCGCUCUCAGAAAGCUCUAUCAAACAAUAUGACGUAUGCCUCAAAAAGUGGUGGUCUUUUUGUCAAGCUCAUUCCGUAGAACCGUAUGAAGCUACAAUUCCAACAGUAAUUUCCUUUUUGACUAAUUUAUUCACUGAUGGCUACCAAUAUGGGUCCCUAAAUUCGUAUAGAUCGGCCCUGUCGUUAAUCUUAGGACCUACAUUAGCAAAAGACGAAUACUUACAUAGAUUUUUUAAAGGAGUAUUUCGGCUUAGACCUCCUGUACCUAAGUACAAUGCCACCUGGGAUACUAGUUGUGUACUUAAUCAUCUAAGUAUUUGGUACCCAAAUGAAGAACUUGAUUUAUGCAAGCUAUCCAAAAAGACCAUUACACUGUUAGCUCUUACAACAGCGCAUAGAUUGCAAACUAUUUCCAAAAUUAAUGUCAAAAAUAUAGAAACGUCUGAUGAUCGCAUUAGUAUCAAAAUUCCGGAUAUUUUAAAAACUUCUCGGCCCGGCUGUAAGCAACCUGUUCUUUUUUUGCCCUUUUUCAAUGACAAACCGUCGAUCUGUCCAGCGAAAACGCUUCAGAUUUAUAUAAGUAAAACGGAGUCCCUAAGAACAUCGGAAAUGUUAUUCAUUGGUCUGAAAAAACCUCACAACGCGGUAGGUACACAGACACUCAGCCGAUGGAUCAAACGCACACUGGGCGAGUGCGGGGUGGACACAGCCGUGUUCACAGCUCACAGCACGCGACACGCAGCCGCCAGCGCCGCGCACUCGCUCGGUGUCAGCGUGGAUACCAUCCGUAGCACCGCGGGCUGGAGCCACAACUCCUCCACCUUCGCUCGAUUUUAUAAUAGGGUUGUUGGUGACGCUGACCUAGCCUUAGCUCGAACAAUCAUUGAUAACCAUUCUCCUUAAUGUUAAUUAAAUAAUAUCAAAUUACUGUACUACUACUGUUGUAGCUACUAUAAUAGUAAUUACACUCAGUGUAAGAUACGAUUGUCAAAUUGCUUAUUUUUGUACCUAUAAUUAAUCAUAAAAUAAACUCUUGAUAAUUGCACCUAGUAUCAUUGACCCUACUUCUCUCUAGGGGCUCUCAAAAUCUACAUGUGUUUAUAUAUCUACUAAUACUAAUCUAGAGGACGAAGCGCGAAGUAUAAUUAGUGAUUAAACGAACUUACCUAUGUGAAGUUCUAUCAUAAUUAUACGAAGCGCUUCGUCCGAAGAGAUUAGUAUGUACUCCCGCCCACCCUUAAGGCUGACGCUACCCGGGACGCAACAAACAAA